UUUGAACUUAUGUGUACGUCAUAACUGAUAAUGGAGCUGUUUAUGUAGUAGCAUACCAUCACACCUCGAGUGCCACUAGCCAUUAUUGUUAAGAUGUAGCUAUGAUACACCGGAAUGUCAAGUGUUGUAGUAUAAAGUAUUCCUCAGUGCAUAUAACCUUAGUAAUCUACAAUGUGGUAUAUACUCCCAUGGCUAGACUGCAGCCAUUGAAAUAUCCACAAUGGGACCUUUCAGGAAUCUCAUCGCAACAAGUGCUGCUACGUAUCGGUAUAAGCUUUUUACUGGAGCUGGACUAGAGAAGUUACUUGCCAGAGAAGUCACAGGAAUAUCUAAGGAUUGCUCGGUUGUAGCUGGAGGACGCUGUUACAUCGAUGUACAAUCUGGCUUAGAGUCUUUAUGGAAAGUCGUGUUAACCUCACGUUUAACAGAUCAGAUUUGGAUGCAUAUAUGUGAGCCUUUCCCAGUAAAACAUAUCCGUAGCUUCAAAAGGACCCUGAACAGUGCUGAAUGGAAUGAAUACAUUCCAUUUAGUGCUAACCUGCCAGUACCAUACAUCAAGGUUAACGUUAGUAAUUCCAGGAUAUAUCAUACUAGCAUGGUCAAGAAACUGGUUACUGAAGUUAUAAAGGCACAUUGUCAUAGAUCAGUACAAUUACAAGGAGAUGAGUUACCAGUUAUACUGAAGCGCAGGGGGCACAUACCAAUAUCCCCUAAUUUAAUGGUAAAUAUAGACACCGAUGUUUGUGAAGUAUUGGCAAAUUGUUCUGGCGAUUUAUUUGAUCGUGAUUGGUUAUCAGCAUCAUCAUUAGACCCUAGGAUAAGACCGUCAGCAGUUGCCGCCGUAGUGAGUAGUAUUGAUCUACCGAAUAUCAUUAACACCGAAGGUAUUAAUACUAUAUGGGACCCGUUGUGCCACAACGGCAUGCUGCUGAUAGAGCUAUAUUCACUACUGGAAGGCCACCUGGCGCGUCACCCAGAGCACGCAUACCCGUUGAAUAACUUUCCACUUAACUCCCGUGAUUUGUAUCUCCAUGUACUAGGGUCCAUAGAAAGGCAGAUUCCAAUAGAUCAUCCUAUCAAACUGAUUGGUAGUGAUCUAUAUACUGACCAUGUAGACCAGGCCAAUGCAUGCCUGGAGAAAUAUCGCAAAUCGGUUAUACAUCGCAUUCCUGGGAAACAGGAUUCAGGUGCGGAGUCACCACCGAUGACUCGGAUUAAUGAGACAAAUAUCUCAAUUGAAUUCUCAGCAUCGCAUAUCGCAGAUAAUAUUGAACACCAACGGACAAUGAUUCUGUGUAAUCUAUACUAUGGACGUAAAGACAAGUAUAAGGACUACCUAGAAUGUCAAAUGAAGUUCGAAGAAAUGUUGUGCCAAGCACCGAGUUCCAUGCUGAAGCAUGUAUAUGUCAUAGCAACUGAUGGUCUGAGACGUAGGUCACGAUUCGAGUGGGAGCCUAUAUUACGUUUUAAUAACUGCGGCAUCAUAGUUAUGCUCCUUAAACUGAAGCAUAUGAAAUAUACUAGCAGUACUUCAGCAUGACUCUUAGCAUUCUAAUAAUGUCGUUAUUUAGUUCCACUGGACAUCGCUCAUAUGUAUUAC